CUUUGUUUUCAUUGGCCAUUACAACUCAGCGCGUCUACUGACGGUGUAAAAAAACAAAGAAACACUCGGUCCGUUUUAUAUUCAGAACAAACGAGGUCUAGAUCAUUUUAUCGGACUACUUUUUGGAAUUUAAAUACAAGACUUAUGGGGUCACUUCUCCUCUGGGGAGUUACCUCACUGUUCGUGGCCCUGUUGGCCAGUGUGUACGCUGACAUAGCGACUCAAGGCAAAUCCCGACACGGUGCAAGUGUAGCUGAAUGCAGAGACCGCUACUUCUUGAUAUCGACAGACUUGAACUUCGCAGGAAAUCACUUCUGGUUUGAAAUUAUUGAUAAUGGAGUGCAUAAGCUGGAGCCCAAAUAUGCAGCAGAAUGUGGCUACACUUUCAGCACCAUCAAUGCAAAAGAAUUCCUGAUCCUCAGAGUAUCCUACUUUGCCUGUCAUGUGGAAAAUAAGGAUGAUGCAGAGUUCAACCUGCACUAUCAGAUUGUAAAAUUGGAUGUGAGAGGGGAGAAGACCACACACCCCUCACAGAUCUCCUGCAAACUGGACAGAGAUUGGAAGCCCAGGGAGGUGGUCUGUGAAGAGAAUUACAUGGAGGUGUCUAUACAGUGGAACAUGUUCAGGCUUUCAGAGUCCACCACACAAAAAUACUGGGAAAUGGGUCCUUCUGGUGAUACAAGGCUCUCAGGAUGGCAAAUCCUGAUUAAGAGGUCUGAUGCUAAGCCCAUCGUACUCUCUUUAGAAGAGGCCCGCAAUCAGGGGUACACCGUGACUUAUACUACACGUCGUAUUGUCUUCCGUUCCCCCUACAACACAACCUUGGCAGAAAUCCAAAUGGUGCAUGGAAUUGAAGUGGAGAUGAUCAAUGCUACAGUUGUUUUCAGACAGAACUGGGUCCUCGUCUCCAUCAAGGCAAUCCCUGCCUGUGCCAUAAACCCAGGGAAUUUCAAUGGUUCACAUCUGGGGUGGACUGUCCCGAAGAUCAUGCCACCUCUGACACAAUCUCCCUCAAAAUUUGAGGAAAAGGACCUCCUGAUUGGUGUGGAUGGACAUGUAGUGGACAGGGCCACUAUGAAAACCCUGAACUACAAGCUGGACAUAUCUGGGCCGUAUGUGACGGUCUCUGUCCCUCUUUGGGCAAUUGGAGGGGUAAAUGAGAGCCAUGUCAUUAAUAACCAGUACCACAGUCGGUACACAGUCCAGCUAUACAUUCAACACCUUUGGGCAGAUGACAUGUUUGAAGAGACUGAGCAUCGCAGUUUUAGGGUUGUGAGGACCUCCUACAUUCCAAGGGUACCUUUCACUGCUGACCUAACUACAAUUGAGGAGCGCAUCUUCACUGUGUAUCUGGGAAACAUCCCUUAUGAUGUGGACCUGACUGCAGUGAACCUCAAUGGAGAGACCUUUACUGUGCCUGAAGCAAUUCAAAAUGGCUAUCCCAUCACAAAUGUCCCUCAUUCUAAUGGAUCCCAUGCCUAUCUUAUCAGAGUUCCUAUUGAUGACCCCAUUGUGCCUAAGAUGCACUUGGGAGAGGGCGUUGUUCAGUUCCUCUUGGAAAUAAACUACACUCUGGACAUCAUGCCCCAAGAAGAUCCAUACUAUCAUCCAGCUUCUGUUACGGCUAAGCACAAGGAUUACUCCCCUCCUGUCUUCAAUGCGGUUUGCACAGAGAAGGGAAUUAUCUUCAAUAUUGACCAAAAAAAGCUGGGAUAUAUGUGGGAACUCAGUAUUGGACAUUAUGCCCUUACUUCUGAGUUGGCAACAAAGCAUGGCUACAUCCUCUUCAAUGACAGCCAGAGCAUGACCCUGGAGAUUCCCCUUUUCACCACUGGCUAUCUAUAUGAGGAUAUCAACUUGAGCCAAUUCGUUGGAACUUUUGAAGUUGUCUUGAGAGACACCAGAACUCAGAAGAUUGCAGAAACAAUAGUGAAGCGCUGCCUCUUCAAAACACAUGAGCUCGUUGUGUGUGCACCUGAUGGAGUAGUCACAGUGGUGAUCACCACAGCCACAGCAUUACCAGCCGUGGACCCAUGGCAGACCACUCUUCUGGACAAAGCCUGCAAGCCUAAGGAGUCUGAUGAGGCUCGCGCUCUCUUUACCUUUCACGUUAAUGGCAACUAUUUGACCUAUGGAAAUGAAGUGGUCUUUAAUAGGGCUAUAAUUCCAGCCCACCAACCAGUCAUCACCAGGGAUUCUGAAUUCAGACUUACUGUAAAUUGCAUUUACCAAAUAAAUGAUACUGUCAGACUACACACUGACAGAAAGUUUCUGGAGGAGCCACAAGUGUCUGGUGUGGGAUCCGUUACGGAGACCAAAAGGCACUUUGAUCCUGGACAGAUGAAUGUGUUAAAUAAGCACAAUGGCAUUGUGAGAGGUAGCACAUCUGAAGACUUAGAAACAUUGAAUGAAAUGGAAGAAUACAAUUCUGCAUUCCCAUAUGUGCCUGUUGUUGGAGUGACAAUCGCUGUGCUUGGGACUUUGCUCGCUGCUUUGAUCAAAAGGAAAUGUUGAAUUUUCAAUAAAGAGUUGUGCACCAA